UCACGCACUCAAAGACGAUAUCCAAGAUUCCUGGUCAGAGCUCCAGUGUCAUCUACUUUCAGGCUCCCCAAGAUUUAGUGAAUACCUCGAGUACUGACAUGUCACGAUCACACGUGGAUAUGGAUACUUGGGCAGUGUGUGAGCUUUCAGAUGUAUUGCUUCAUCCAGACGAGUUAGCAGCACAAGCAUGAAGGAGGGUGGAUCUCACAGCUGUUCGCUUUUGUUGAGAUCCUUACCAAGAAGCGGUGACAUCCAGAACCAACAGCAACUACGAUAUCUUUGUGGAAAGGAUGGCAGGUGGUGCCGCGGUGAACACUGCCAACACGUGCAGGAGGAAAGAAAGGAUGGCAGGUGGUGCCGCGGUGAACACUCCCAACACGUGCAGGAGGAAAGAAAGGAUGGCAGGUGGUGCCGCGGUGAACACUGCCAACACGUGCAGGAGGAAAGAAAGGAUGGCAGGUGGUGCCGCGGUGAACACUGCCAACACGUGCAGGAAAAAAGAAAGGAUGGCAGGUGGUGCCGCGGUGAACACUGCCAACACGUACAGGAGGAAAGAAAGGAUGGCAGGUGGUGCCGCGGUGAACAUUGCCAACACGUGCAGGAGGAAAGGAAGGAUGGCAGGUGGUGCCGCGGUGAACACUGCCAAUACGUGCAGGAGGAAAGUGCGUACCUGCUUCAUUACAUCAUGUGCACUCUGUCUUGGAACUCAAUGUUAAAAUUUUUUUUUCCAUGUCAACCGAAACCUGUCUGUUGCCUGCCUUUCUCCUGUCUGCUUCCCACGAAUCUAUGAAGGAAAGAAAGGAUGUGCUUCCAUGGUAUCAUGUCAGUAGUAUUAUCCAUUGAAGGAUUAGUUUAAACCUUUUUCCAGAGCGUUGUUUUUGUCUCCCAUUUUUCUGCUUUCCUAGGGUAUAUAUAUGAAAGAAGAAUGUAAAUUUAGUCUAUAAUGUUCAUUGUAACAUGUAUUCCAGUCUUUGUGUGUUUAUUUUAGUGUAUGCAUAGAGAAAAGAAGAAUUCGAAAUGUGGUAAUGAAAAGUAGGAUAUGAAAUAAAUAGAUAUAAAAUAAGUGAAUAAAUAAAUAAAUAAAUAAA